GUUACUGGCUCAUCUUCCGGUUUCGGGCGUUACAUGACGGAACUCCUCCUCGAAAAAGGAGACAUCGUCGUCGCCACACUGCGCAAGCCCGAGGCUCUGUCUGACCUUACAGCUACAUACCCGUCUGACAAGCUCCUCGUUCUUAAAGUCGACGUGACCAAAAGCGAAGAUGUGCAGGCAGCGUUCUCGCGGGGUUUGGAAGCGUUCGGAUGUAUCGAUGUCGUGUUCAACAAUGCUGGCCAGAACAUCCUCGGCGAACUCGAGUCGAUGGACGAACAAAGCGCAAGGAUUAUCAUGGAAGUCAACUUCUGGGGCGCAACGAACGUCACGAAGGAGGCGAUUAGGGUGUUUCGAGAAGUGAACAAACCUAGCGGCGGUCGGCUGCUGCAGGUGUCGUCUCGAGGAGGUCUAGUGGGUAUCCCCGCGUCUCCGUACUACUCUGCGUCGAAAUUCGCGCUGGAGGGUUUGACAGAGUCCGUCGUCCAAGAGCUGCGUCCAGAGUGGAACAUCAAGGUGUCAAUCAUCGAGCCCGGUCCGUUCCGCACCGAGAUUUUCACGGUGAACGUUCGGGACGUACCGCAGCACCCCGCGUACGCUGACCCGUCCCUGCCUGGAUCACAGACACUCCAGCGUAUCAAGGCGGGAAAUCCAGACGGAGACGCUCGAAAGGCGGUGGAAGUCAUCGAGCGGUUGACGCAUCUUGAGAAUCCGUCGCUUCGGCUGCCGUUGCAUAGGAAGACGUUUGCUUCCCUGAGGGAAAAGGUGCAGGAGUUGAAUAAAACGGCGGAUGACUGGGAAAGUUGGUCGGAUGGCAUUUAUCUAGAGUAA